CGGAAAUUUUAUCCAGUGGACAUGAAAGAAAUUUUGACGGUCAAGGUGGAAACAUAUUUCUUUGACAGAUGAAAAUUUUGAGAAAAGUUGAGUAGUAUUGUUUACUUUUUCAAUUUUUUCAAGAAAUACUGAUGUAGUGUAACGUGUUGUUUGAAUGGUUUUCGGCUCAACGCUACGAUGCCUUCAAGAACGUUUUCGUAUAUUGCUUUACAUGCAAGGUAAGUGACUAGAAGUCAAAAGCUUUCCAUGCCCCAUAAUUUCCAUUUUAUAUAUAAGCGCCCCCUCCCAUUGAGGAGUACCUUCACAAUCCCAUUAAGAUAAAAAGAACUCUGGCCCCUGGGUAGUUAACCUAUAGGAUAUGUCACUAACCCCUUUAGAACAUUGUUCUCCCCUGAAAAUUUAUCAAUAAAACACCAAACGCAUUUGUUGUAAAUGUUGUGCAUGAUUCAUAUUCUAGAGCAUAUAUGCAACUCAAUAUAAAGCAUGCUUGAAGUAGUUGCAUUUUCAAAUUUCGCCAUUGAUAUAAAACUAUUGAAGUGAAGAGAAAUUGUGGCAUCGGGAUUCGUUUUCAUACACCAGAUCGGGUUUUUACUAGAAACCACAUACUACUUGACGAAUCCAACUUUUAAAAUGCUGUCUACUCCGAAUUGUAUUAGGAACCCUACCAGAUUAAGAAUCAUAACCAACAAAUCAUGAUGUGUAAACACAACCUGAACUACCCCCUACGAAUAUUUAAGGUGAAAACUUUUCCUCCCCAUUGGAUAUAGAGACCCUCGCUAGUGUGUGUGCACAUUAAAUGAAUGGCACAAUUGCGAUUUUUCUGUGAAAGACUGAAAGUAUAAUUAGAUGUUUUUGAGGUCUUGCUUAGGAGCCACGUCCAUAUUCAUGUUGCUACAAAUAACGUUGAAUCCACGUUAUUGCAUCUCCCGCCCACUCCAAAUAAUGUCAAUCGAUAUUCAAUCGUAUUUUGACUUUUGUAUUUAUAAUACGAAAGAUGUACUGUCAGUGAUAGUUUAUACUUUGGACAUUAAUUGCCACAAGAUAACGUUGAUAAGUUCACAUAAAAACCCAUCCACUCAUAACGUUGAUUCGACGUUAUUUGUGGCAACAUGAAUAUGGACGUGGUCCCUUAGACAUAAAAUAUGAACUGUUUUCUAAAUGAAAAGAACAUUUUCUCAUGCUGAUAACAGCAGGUUGACCCGCAUCUGCUGCACAAUAGUGCUUAGUGAAUCCCACCUGUAAUAUCACUUUCUUUAUUGACAUUUCAGGAGUUUCCCAUCCAUAUUAACAUAUGUCCGACGUCACAAACUGAUUAAGUUUAUUGCUGGAUUCCUAUUGGUUCUGCUGUUAUUUCGUCUUGCGCAACCUAAUUAUUUUUCUUAUGGAAUAUCUUAUGCAAAGAUCAUUUUCGAGCUCGUUAACACUGACAUGCAACGACAGAAUGAUGUCAUUAAACAAGAUGCUCAGGUAUUUGAGUCUUGUGAUUGAUUGAAUAAUUGGUUAAUUGAUUGAUUAACUGUUUAAUUAAAUAGCUAAUUGAUUGAUUAAUUAAUUGAUUGAUUGGCUAAUGAAUUGAUUGAUUGGCCAAAUGAUUGAUUGGUUAAUUGACUAAUUAACUGAUUAGUAAAGUGACUAGUUAAUUAAUUAAGGACUUGAUUGGGUAAUUAAGCUAAUGAUUGAUUAAUUGAUUGAUGUGUUAAUUGACUGAUUUAUUGAUCAGGUGACUAAUUGAUUGAUAUUUAAUUUGUUCAUUUCUUCAAUGAUAGAUUGACUGAAUGAAUUGUCUGUUAAUUUUUUGCAGUUAGUUUGGGAUUUGCAUCAUUUUCAAAAACAAUUUAUGAAGGAAUGGUGUAAGGAAAAAAUGAAGAAGAACAGAAAGCUUGCUUGGUUUGUCUCAAUGGUAAGACGUUUUGAAAGGUUUAAAUAUUAGUGAAAUGCUACCUGUCAUAGGAACUUCAAAUUGUUUAGAUGUAUAAUACUUGUGUAAAUACUCAUUAAUUUAACCCUUUAAGUGGCAAUGCACCCUGAUGCAUCCUAUUUUACUCUGUCUAACGUCAGAAGAUUUUACUUGUGAAGUGGAGAGUGCUGCCACUCCAUGGGUUAAACUGUAGUGAUUUCUCCACCGUCAUUAAAAUUUCAUUUGUAAAUUUCUGAGAAUUAAAAUUAUACUGUUGUGUUCAAUUCCACAGUCUGGCAACAGUGUUGUUCCUGGAGCUGUUGCAGUUGGGCAUAUUAUCAAGAAGUUCUCUUGUUAUCCGUAAGCAGCUACUUUUCCAUUGCUUGUUUUUAGUGUGCUGAAAUACUAGAACAACUACAAGUAUUUGUAUCUAAACUGUUCCACUAUAGGAACAAUGCAUGUGGAGAUUGGGAACAAGUCAAUGUAAAUAGUUUUGAAAUUUGUUUCUAUUCUGAUCCAGGAAUCUUCUUGCACUUGUGACAAACACUGUGAGCAAAGAAUCCAGAUCUGCAUUGGAGGCUGUAAGUAUAUGGUGGAAAAUGUUUGGAAAAUACCAUAGAAAUAUUAAAUAUUUUUAAUACCAAUAUUUCUAUGGAAAAUAUCCUCCCUCAUAUAUGACCAUAGUAAAACACAUACCUCCCAUUUUGUGAAGUCCCCCCCCCCCACCCCACUCUCCUCUAGUACUAUUAUUAAACCUGUCAAUAUUCAGCAUUAGUGUUGUUCAUUGCAUGUACCGGGUACGUAAAACUUAAAAAAUUGUGUAAUUCAAUGUAGUUUGUUUUGUUUUAUUCCAGACUGGAUUUAGUGUGCAUAUUGUUGAAAGUCUUGAUUGUAACUGGAUGGAUAAAAAGUUAGGGCAUGAAAUAUCCAAUAAAGGUAAGAUAUCAACUUAAUGUACAUUAUGUACUUUAUACUUUACUAACAUUAGAAAUGGAACAUUAGAACAUUUGGUCAUUUCGAUCUUCAGGAAUCCCUGGUACUCACACAAGGUUUCAUAUUUGGAGAUAUACACAAUUUGAGUCAGUAGGUGUACUCCACAUUUUGAUAUUAUCCAUUAUUGUAUUAUGAUUGUUAUAUUAUUGAUUAUGAUUGUUAUAUUAUUGAUUAUGCUUGUUAUAUUAUUGAUUGUUAUUGUUAUAUUGAUUAUGCUUUACGAUUGUUAUAUUAUUGAUUAUGAUUGUUAUAUUAUUGAUUAUAAUUGUUAUAUUAUUGAUUAUGUCUUAUGAUAUAGUGAUAUUAUUGAUUAUGCUUGUUAUAUUAUUGAUUGUUAUUGUUAUAUUAUUGAUUAUGAUUGUUAUAUUGAUUAUGCUUUAUGACUAUGACUAUUGAUUAUGACUGUUAUAUUAUUGAUUAUGUCUUAUGAUUGUUAUAUUAUUGAUUAUGAUUGUUAUAUUGAUUAUGCUUUAUGACUAUGACUAUUGAUUAUGACUGUUAUAUUAUUGAUUAUGUCUUAUGAUUGUUAUAUUAUUGAUUAUGAUUGUUAUAUUAUUGAUUAUGACUGUUAUAUUAUUGAUUAUGUCUUAUGAUUGUUAUAUUAUUGAUUAUGAUUGUUAUAUUUUUUAUUAUGAUUGUCAUAUUAUUGAUUAUGACUAUUAUAUUAUUGAUUAUGUCUUAUGAUUGUUAUAUUAUUGAUUAUGUCUUAUGAUUGUUAUAUUAUUGAUUAUGAUUGUUAUAUUAUUGAUUAUGACUGUUAUAUUAUUGAUUAUGAUUGUUAUAUUAUUGAUUAUGCCUUCUGAUUGUUAUAUUAUUGAUUAUAAUUGUUAUAUUAUUGAUUAUGUCUUAUGAUUGUUAUAUUAUUGAUUAUGUCUUAUGAUUGUUAUAUUAUUGAUUAUGAUUGUUAUAUUAUUGAUUAUGACUGUUAUAUUAUUGAUUAUGAUUGUUAUAUUAUUGAUUAUGCCUUCUGAUUGUUAUAUUAUUGAUUAUAAUUGUUAUAUUAUUGAUUAUCAUUGUUAUAUCAAUGAUUAUGAUUGUUAUAUUUCUAGAUACUAUAUGUUGAUACAGAUUUCUUUCCUCUGGUAAAUAUGGAUGAGGUGAGAGAAUAUGUUUUAUGGUUCUAUUCACUCGUUUCUUUACAUAAUUAUUUUGUCUACUGCAAGCUAAAACAUUCUUUCCUCCUUCUGUUUUAGCUUUUUGAUUCACCUGGAGAGUUUUCUGCUGUUUACUGCGGUCGUCCUGUGAGUCUCAAUCUUAUUUAUGAACACAUGCUAUAGUUACAAAACGUGAGAUCUGAGCUAGAUGUUUCAUGACAAUUAGGUCUAGGCUGAAACAUUACAGUUCUAAUGCUGUUAGACAAUUUUGGAAUAGACUUGAUUAUCUUGUAGGGUGUGUUGGAUCCGUGUUUCAAUGCUGGUCUUGCUGUGUUCAAGUUCGUUCUUUGUUACUCUAUAUUUAUUUUUUAACGAUUUCAAUCUUUCUUUCUUGCACCAUCAAUGAUUUUUACCACGUUUCUUCACGUCGCCAUGUUAUCUUUUCUAGGCCAGGUUUGGACACUUAUCAAGGUUUAAUGGAGAAAUGGGAAGUGAGUGAAUACAACAAAUACAUUAUAUCUACAACUAGUUCAGUAGGUGUACGUUAUCGAUAUCUACAACAAGGUCUACGUUAUCCAACUUAGUAUUAGUUUAUUGAGUUUAUUGAGUUUCUCACUCAUUGGAUGGGGGAUACGAGGUAUCUACGAUUUAACGUCUUUAUCCGAGAAGAUGCGGAAGUCUAACCAUUUCAGGGUUCGUAGCGGUCUUUGAAAUCCUUGAAAGUCUUUAAAUUGGAAUGCAGGUCUUUGAGGUCUUUGAAAAGUCUUUAAAUUGUGUGAAAAAGCGAAGAAAGUCUUUAAAAAGUCUUUAAAUUCUUUAGUGAGGAAUUGAUUAUACGAUUUCCUAGCUAAUAAAAUAGAUUGAUUGAAUCACGAUUUUCGCAAAAAUCGACGAAAAGGCGCAUUUUAGGAUGUGAUUUGACGGGACUAAUUACUGGGUAAAAAUGGUGCUUACACUCGCAAUUUUUCGACAGCUGAUUGCUCUCAAAGGUCUUUGAUAAGUCUUUGAAAAUAGGCAGAAAAAAUCUUUGAAAGUCUUUGAAUUUUUUUGGUCUUGGAGACUACGAACCCUGCAUUUACUAAUAUCAAUAUAAGGGUACUGGGUAGCACUUUCUCUUCAAUUAUUUUAAGAGCUUGAGUAGAGGUCCGACCAAGGAUCGAACCAAGGUCUCCUAGCUUGAAAGACAAACGUGGUGAGCACGACACCACAAAUAUUGAACACUUGAAUACGUCUUCUAGGAGAUGGCUAGUAUCAUUGGUUGUCCUAAUGAUCAGAUAGUACUUUGGCAUUACUUUGCGUUUAGUGGUAAGUCGCUUAUAUAUUCCGUGUUGAUAUACGGUUAUAUCAACACGAGUGGAAAUUGGGAAAACGAGAAAGAAACAAAGAAACAUAAAGAAAGAACUUUUCCGACGUUUCCGUGGAACAAGUUGUUAUCAUCUUGUUACAAGGUUGAUGAAGGUAACAGACUUGCUGUAAGUUGUUCCAACAAGACUAAUACAGGCUGUUCGUAACAAGUUGCUACGAGCUUGUUGUCAUCAACUUGUGAACAACUUGUUACGUGCAGACGAUAUCAGACUUGUUGGAACAACUUGUUGCGAGUCUGUUGGCCUCGUCAACCUUGUUACAAGACGACAACAACAGACUUGUCAACAACUGGGAACAAGCAGUGCGAACACAUCUUGUUGACAAGCUCUGAGAUUUUUACGCGCGUGCACUUCAUUUGUCUAUAAACACGGCAAACAGAGGGAUUAUCCUUGAACAAGACCUAUCUACGAAGUUCAUAUCGUCUUGAUGGAUAAUCCAGUUUAAUUAUUUUCAGGAAAAUGGAAUCGUCUACCUUAUUCCUAUAAUGUGAGGAGAAAAAUUUACUAUCCAAUGAAAGGUGAUUAUUUUAUCGCAAUAAUUCACGCCAAAACUCUUUUGUUUUCUAAACUUGACAAUUUUCCAUUCUCGUGAAAUAUUGUUUCUUUUCAGCGUAUCAUUUCGCUGGUUAUGGUAUAACGCCCAAACCCUGGCAACUUAAAAUUCCCCCCUCCAGAAAGGAAGUGAACAGUUUUCCAGGGCCAAUUAUUGAGUAAGUAAAGUAUUUUUAAAAUUCGAACAAUAUUUUUGUUGUUUUCUGCAGUGUCAGAGUAAGUACGAAAUUAGUUUUUCAUUGCUGAGAAUAUUUUCCAGACGAGAUGAAAUGAAUAUUCUAUGGUGGAAACUUUUCUACCAAGCUUUGGAUGAUUACAAACUACAUGAUUGGUGGAAAACAACAGAAUUUUACACGUCGGCGACAGAAGGUUAAACCAUGCAUUGCGCAAUCAAUUCUUGUUGGAGUAUACGAUAUUGUUCCCGGCCGAGUACUGGGGAGGAGUUUCUUAAAUCGCGCCAGCAAUCCGUCAUGUUCCAGGUCAGCGGUUAUUGAUAAUUUGAAUAAUGAAGAUUGACAAAGGUUUGGUAGUUUGAUUUGAGAGGAUUUUAGAAAGUUAUAUAUAUAUAUAUAUAUGACAUAGAUAAUGAAAAAUAUUUUUAUUUGUUUUUGUAGGAUUUGUAAGAACGUGUGAGGGAACUACUAUAUAACUUAGUGUUUAAACACUGAGUCAGCUUCCUCAAACAUUUCUUACAAAUCUUUCAAAACUUAGAAUUUACCUUUGCAAAAUUCUUACUGUGAUCACAGAAACUUUGAUAGUGUAAACAAGGCUUUACUAUACAGAUUGUUGAAAAUUUGCAAGGAAAUAAACACAGGGAAAUCAUUUUGAAUUUUAUUGCUAUAAAACUUUUAUAAACUGUGCGCUAAUUGGCUGUUACAUGAACUGACAUGAUACUAAUUAGUCUAAUUUCCCCAUUAAUUAACUACACACAGCAAUACAGCAAAAGUGUUAAUGAAGGUGUUCCAUUGUCACACUGCAGUUUUCUUGGAUCACAAAGAUAAAUAUGUUGGGUUGAGAUGACUUUGUUUUUCAGACAUGUUGGAAUGUCGUCAUCGUGAUUGACAUGAACUGACAUGAUACUAAUUAGUCUAAUUUCCCCAUUAAUUAACUACACACAGCAAUACAGCAAAAGUGUUAAUGAAGGUGUUUAUUGUCACACUGCAGUUUUCUUGGAUCACAAAGAUAAAUAUGUUGGGUUGAGAUGACUUUGUUUUUCAGACAUGUUGGAAUGUCGUCAUCGUGAUUGAAGAAAAACUAAAAAAUAACAAUAAUAUGUUCAUACAAUUUGUGCUAGACACAUCAUCCAUUUAAACUCAAGACCAACUACUCAGUUGAACUACACGUGUAAAAACGCUGAGCCCGCUGUUUAACAGGAUUGAACCGGCAAUGUUUUGCUGCCCACGUUGCCAACAAUAUUGAACAAUAUUGUUGAGCCUGAAUCGGGUGUAACAAUAUUGUUCAAUAUUGUUGACAACUGUGAACAAUGUGGGCAGCAAAACAUUGUUCAAUCCUGUUUUCAUCAAUAUUGCAACAACCUGAUUGUUUUUAGCCGUGUAGCUAGAAUAACGUGAUAUGUACUGGCAGCGGUUCCAGAAAUAAAUCAUGCCUGUUAUUUUCUUUGGUAGUUU